GAAGGAAAGCCACACGCUAAAUGUGCUUUAAUUCAGGACGUGGUGAAUCUGUUACGGCAACCAUCGUUAAGAUUAUCUGCUCAGUAAAUUCCAACGAAGUAUUUUUUCAACGGAUGGCGUGGAGAGUAAACGCAUCUGCAACCUAAGUGGCUGUCUAAUUUAAGCUAGAUUGGUUCUUGCUUAUUUACCCAGGGAGUGGAGGAAUGUACUGUCAUUCAAGCGCGCAUCUGGGGCGGGCUUAUGAAGCCUCGCUGCUAAGGACUGUUCAAAUGUUUCUGAAUGUAAAGAGACGCUCAAGCCGCUCCAUGCAAUCAAUCACGCGCUUGUUCUCUUUCCAAAGUCAGUACGCUACUUGAGUAUAUUACUUUCGGUCAUCGAUGCCACGUUUAUGACAGUGACUGAUUAUAUGCGCGUACAUUUUUUAGAAUAUGUGGAAUUCCAGAUCUGAUAUGUCUCUGUGUUCACCGAGCGCAACCAACCUGCCGCUUAUUGGAUUGUGGCGAAAACAGCUGGAGCGCUGUCCGGGGUUCUGAAAUCAAGACACCCCAAGUGCCGAAGAGAGCAGUGGCUUUCCGGGGUGUACAUCUGUAUAACUCAAGUCUUGAGAUGACUCGGAAAAGGCUGCAUUCUGUAGCUGUCUGGGGAUUCUUCGCAUGGGAAAUAGUUUUGUUGAGUCUGGUGGCAUCAAAGGAGCCUGACAACCCUCGGGGAAGAGCAGUUCCCAUGUCACCCUCUGACUUCUUGGACAAGCUAAUGGGACGGACCUCUGGCUAUGACGCAAGAAUCAGGCCCAACUUUAAAGGUCCUCCGGUGAAUGUGUCAUGCAACAUAUUCAUCAACAGCUUUGGGUCUAUUGCAGAAACAACAAUGGAUUACAGGGUGAACAUCUUUCUGCGACAGCAGUGGAAUGACCCUCGGCUGGCGUACAGCGAGUACCCUGACGACUCCCUGGACCUGGACCCAUCCAUGUUGGACUCCAUCUGGAAGCCCGACUUGUUCUUCGCUAACGAGAAAGGUGCCCACUUCCACGAAGUCACCACAGACAACAAGCUCCUAAGAAUAUUCAAGAACGGCAACGUUCUCUAUUCCAUCAGAUUGACACUUACUCUGUCAUGCCCCAUGGAUCUGAAAAAUUUUCCCAUGGAUUCGCAAACGUGCAUUAUGCAGCUGGAGAGUUUUGGCUACACAAUGAAUGACCUCAUCUUUGAGUGGCAGGAGAAGGGUCCUGUACAGAUAGCUGAGGGUCUCACGCUACCCCAGUUUCUUCUCAAGGAUGAAUCGGACCUCCGCUACUGCACCAAGCACUACAACACAGGUAAGUUCACCUGCAUCGAGGUGCGAUUCCACCUGGAGCGUCAGAUGGGCUACUACCUGAUCCAGAUGUACAUCCCCAGCCUGCUGAUCGUCAUCCUCUCCUGGGUCUCCUUCUGGAUCAACAUGGAUGCAGCACCGGCUCGAGUCGCCCUGGGUAUCACUACGGUGCUCACCAUGACAACACAGAGCUCAGGCUCCAGAACAUCACUGCCCAAGGUGUCCUAUGUGAAGGCCAUAGACAUUUGGAUGGCCGUGUGUCUGCUCUUCGUGUUCUCCGCCCUGCUGGAGUACGCCGCCGUUAACUUCGUCUCCAGGCAACACAAGGAGCUCCUCAGGUUCCGCAAGAGGAGAAAGAAGACCAAGGAGGAGGACGUGCGGGAGAGCCGUCUGAGCUUCACGGCCACAGCGGGGGCGACCGGCAACACGGGGAAAGAUGGCGCGGUCCCCAAGGCUGCCAACAACAGUGCGGCCCAGCCGGCCAAGUCAAGCUCCUCGGCCGCGGCCGCUGCUGCCAAGACCCACGAGGAGAUGCGGAAGCUCUUCAUUGACCGCGCCAAGAAGAUUGACACCGUCUCCCGCGCAGGCUUCCCCCUGGCCUUCCUGUUUUUUAACAUUUUCUACUGGGUCCUGUACAAAAUCUUGCGCCACGAAGACACAUGGCACAAGCCAUAAGAGGGCACCUGGGGGAGUGUGGGAUUGAAAUACAGCAGCCUGGGAUGUGUCUCAUAUCUCAUACUGGGAAAUAUGGACCACCAAACAGUGACAUGCGCUGCGAAAUUAAGUCCUGCCAAGACACAGAAACCCAGACACACACACACACACACACACACACACACACGCACAUACAAACAUAUUCACCCAAUUUGACUGGACUGCACAAGGAACCUGUAAAGACACAAACUGGUAUAUGUCCUAAAACUGUCAGGAUGUGCUGUACUGAGCCACCUGGUCCCCAUGCCCAAAACACACCAAGCCAACCAAUGAGGUCUCUAUGCAACAGGGAAAAUGCAUUGAUAUGGUCCAGAUUAUAAGAAUUAACACACAGGCACAUACACACACACAGAGAGAGAUUACUCUUAUCCCCUUGAUCUGCCGCCAUCCUUUCUGCUUGAAAGUGGGAGCAGCGCUGUAUACACUGCUGUAUUGGAUCGGUACUGGGUUUGAUUUUCCUUCUGUCAAACUGCAGCUGCUCUCCUCCGAACUCCAACAACACCACCCCACCACCACCACCACCACCACACACACACACACACACACACACACACACACACACACUGGAGCACUGUUGCACACUGCCUCCCAGCCCCCCUCCCUCCCCCCGAGAGGAACACCUAGCGAUCCCCGUCAGCUCCACUCGUCGUGUCUUACAGCUCUACUGCCAAUGUUCCGUCUGUGUCAUGUUCCACACAGCGUUGGUACGGGCUACACACCUGCUGUUUUAACUGUGACGAAAAUAUAACACAAUUAAAAAAAAAAGAAAAAAAAACAGGCUAGAUCACUGAUGUUCAAUGAUGUUUCCUCCUUCAGCUGUUUCUUAUUUAUUACUUUCAAAAGGCAAAGACCAUAUAGCGUAACAAGUGGACUUCCCCAAAUUCCAGUAAAAUUUCCUAACUAUGCUGCAUCAGUCUUUUGAUCCUAUGAGUAAGCAGAUUGCUAAACAAUAACCUCAGGGGAAGAUAGUGACACAUUGUCUUCUGACAAUGAAAGAACAUAUGGGUUUUAGAUCGCUGAUAGACUCCUACGUAACUUGAUUAUCUCUAGGCCAACAUGCUGGUAAAGAGUCACUGGAAAUUAAUGUUUAAAUAUCUAAUAGAAUGAUUUAAUUUAAAUGGAUGAAAUGUGAACAAUCAAAAUUAACAAUAAAACACCAAGAUUGAUGGUAUGGGAAGUGCGAGAAUACAAACAGGCUAGGUCAGUUGUAUUGUCUUUCUUUGUCCUGAAAUGUUUAUCAGUGCUUUGUAGAUUACCGUGUCUGAAAUAAUAUGAAAGUGAUCCACAGCCCAAGAUAAGGGGAACUGCUGCAUGUGUGGAGUUGCAAAUUACAUUUAGUUGAGGUAGAUUUAAAGUUACAGACAAAGAAAGAGAAACAAUAGAUUACAAUGGACAAGAACAGAUAACAAUUCUUGAACAAAUGGUUUUCUUUUGUUCUAUGUUAAGUUAAGGACCUUAUGUGUUCCCUAUCAUGUGUGCCCCAUUCAAAACACUAAGGGUAAGCUUGCACUUCUCCAGAAGUGUUAGGCCUAUCCUUAUCAAGAAAGCAAGAAACCACCCCUUGCUUGUGUGGUUCACACAAAGUAUUUGGUCUGACUCUGGCUAGUCAUUUAUGGUGUGUAUUAUCAUCUUUUUUAUUUAUUUAUUUUAUUUCAAUCAGUGGUAUUGUUGGCUCAACAACUGUAUUCCUGACUGAUGUUGCCAACCUUGAAAAAGAAAGGUACUGGGGGCAAGAGCUUUUGAAUUACACCUUUUGACUAUUACACAUUAAUAUACUGAAAAACUGUGCCAUAUGCUUUGGUAAAACAUAUCUAUACUCACACAUUCCUUAAAGCUUUGUUAGAUAUAUAGAUUUUAAUACCACUUCAUAUUAAUAUUUGACACAAUUGUAUGCAAUGUGGAGGAUAAAAUGAGUUGUACAUUUCUAUAAUGCAAGUGAAUUUAAUAAUUUAUUUUGUAAAAAAAAAUAUGAAUACAUGUUAUGCAUGAAAUGAAGUUGAUAUUGAUGUAUUUUAUUUUUUGAAAUUGUGAGUUGGACCUGUUUGUUGACGUGUUCUCGCUGCUUUGACUGGGGGUAGAUGAUGGAUGCAAACACACAUGCUUAUUUCCAUGUAUGUACAUCUGUAAAUACUUUUCAUAAAAUAAAUACAUCUCCUUCGAAAAA